CCGCGAAGAUAGCGUCUGAGUAGGACGAAUUAAAUUUACUUCGCGACUUUAUAGCACAAUUUGCAAGCAAUAUUAUGUCGCGCGUUUACCGACCAACCGACUAUGUAGUCAAAAAAUCGCGUCUGUCGUCCUUCGAGAAAUACAAGGAAAUGCACAAAAAAUCUAUAGAAGACCCAGAAGGAUUUUGGACCGAAAUAGCUAACAAAUUCCAUUGGCAGACCCCUUUUCAAUCCGGAAAAUUUCUUUCGUAUAACUUCGACAUUACCAAAGGGGACAUUUUUGUUAAAUGGAUGGAAGGAGCUGUAACAAACGUUUGCUUCAACCUUUUAGAUAGAAACGUAAGAAAUGGUCAUGGGGACAAAAUUGCUUACUAUUGGGUAGGUAAUCACCCAGACGACUACAGCCGAGUCACAUACAAGAAAUUGAUGGAUUUGGUUUCUCAAUUUGCUAAUGCAUUGCGUGAAAAUGGUAUAAGAAAAGGUGAUAGGGUGUCAAUAUACAUGCCUAUGAUCUUGGAGACAGUUGUAUGUAUGUUGGCUUGCGCCAGGAUCGGAGCCAUACAUUCCGUAGUGUUUGCUGGUUUUUCAUCGGAUUCCUUGGCGGAGCGCGUGUCCGACUGCAAGGCCAAAGUCCUCGUAACCGCAGACGGCGCAUGGCGAGGAGAAAAAUUAUUGGUUCUAAAGAAGAUUUGCGAUGAGGCUCUACAAAAAGCCAAAGUGAAAUACAAUCACACAGUGAAAAUGUGCAUCGUGGUGUCUCACUUGAAUAGAGUUACGCCUUGCGGUAAACUCGAGGAUCCAAAAUCUUUGUACGAGUGGCACGAUGAAGUUGAUGUCUGGUGGCAUGAUAUCGUGGAAGGUCAGUCCACUAUCUGCCCCCCGGAGUGGAUGGACGCUGAAGACCCGUUAUUUAUGUUGUAUACAAGCGGGUCGACUGGCAAGCCGAAGGGGGUACUCCACACUACAGCAGGGUACAUGCUGUACGCCGCGGCCACGUUUCGUUAUGUGUUCGACUACAGCGAGAAGGAUAUCUACUGGUGCACUGCUGACGUAGGCUGGAUCACCGGACACACAUACGUCGUGUACGCACCUCUAGCCAACGCCACCACUUCUGUUAUGUUCGAGGGUACUCCAUUUUAUCCUGACAAUGACCGAUACUGGUCCCUGGUUGAGAAGUACAAGGUGACACAGUUCUACACAGCGCCUACUGCCAUAAGAUCACUUAUGAAAUUUGGCGACGAAAUUGUUACCAAGCAUAAUUUGAAGUCGCUCAGGAUAUUGGGUAGUGUAGGAGAACCCAUAAACCCUGAAGCUUGGUUGUGGUAUUACAACAUAGUGGGCAGUGGUAGAUGUUCCAUUGUCGAUACUUUUUGGCAGACAGAGACUGGCGGUCACGUGCUGACUAGCCUCCCUGGAGCUACCCCCAUGAAACCAGGCGCUGCUGGUUUUCCAUUCUUCGGUGUUGAACCGAGUCUCAUCGACGAGAACGGGAAAGAAAUCGAAGGAGUCGGUGAGGGAUAUCUAGUCUUCUCCAAGCCAUGGCCCGGCAUUAUGAGGACGCUGUUUGGAGACCACAGCCGAUAUGAAAAUGUUUACUUCUCCAAAUUCAACGGAUAUUAUUGCACCGGCGACGGUGCAAGACGUGAUGAGGAUGGUUUCCUAUGGGUGACAGGACGUAUUGACGAUAUGCUCAACGUAUCUGGACACUUGAUGUCGACUGCAGAGGUCGAAGGAGUCCUCACAGAAGAACCGAGGGUCUCCGAGGCCGCGGUCGUCUCCAAACCUCACCCCGUCAAAGGAGAAUCACUGUACUGCUUUGUUAUUCUCAACGAGGGAGCGAAAUUUGACGCCGACUUGAUAGAUUCUCUGAAGAAACGCGUCAGGAACAGAAUUGGUGCAUUCGCUGCGCCCGAUACCAUACAAUACGCGCCAGGGUUACCAAAGACGAGAUCUGGCAAGAUAAUGAGGAGGAUACUGAGAAAAAUUGCCCUUGGGGACCGUGAAGUGGGGGAUACUUCAACACUGGCCGAUCCGUCCGUGGUCGAGGAGUUGUUCAACAACAGACCCGUCUAAAAACUUCUUUACCCGUUCCUACUAUUUUAUCCUACUAUUUUUAAAAGAAAAAAAAAACCUCUGAUGUCGUUUAUGCAGCGUAGAUUAAGAUCAGCCUACAAGCUAAUAGAUACAUAUGUAUAUAAAUGUUAAUAAAACUUAAAAAAAAAAAAAAAAAAAAUAAGAAACAAAAAAAAAUGUUAAAUAAUGCACAACUGUUAUACCGCGUUUGAGCAUAGCCACGUUGUUAGUUUAUUUGUACUAUGUAACAAAAUAUAUAACAGAAUGUAUUAUAUAUAUAUAUAUAUAUAUAUAUAUAUUGUAUUAAAAUAAUAUUGUCCACAGGAAAUGACAAUAUUAUUUGAUUUCUGAAGGGAAAAAAUGGAUACUACAUUUUUAUUUGAUGCGCACUACAAAAACACUUACACGGAUGUUAUAACUAAAAAAAUCGUAUCAAGUGAUAUUGCUUUUUAAGCCUAAAUUAAAUAGCAUCGUUAAACCGUAGUAGUUUAAAUUAAGCUAGUUUCAAACAGAUCGCCAUUAGUCCAGUUAACAGAAUGGAGUUAAUAUUGAGCAUUUUAAAAUAAACCCGAAAUCAUUCCAUAAAAUCUACCCGUAGCUAGUGUUGCUGGUUUAGAUGUGUUUAGAAGUAUCUCAUAAAAUUAUUCACGUAAUGUUGUUGGUAUUAUGAAUAUAAUAAGAAAAAAAAAAUCGUAAAAAUGUACGAUAAAUGAUCUAUUAAUUUCAAUUGGCUUAGCAAUUUAGUUUUGUAAACUUUUUUUAUAUUGACAUGUUUUAUUAGUCACAUAUAUGUUGUCACCAUGGGCGAACCCAGACUUUUGUAUAAGAGGGGCAAAAACAAAUAAAUGUAAACCUCGAUAUGUA